CUCUCCGCCUCCGGCACUAUGUUGGUCUCAGGCGCCAUCUUUGGAUGGCAAUAGGGGGAGGAGCUAAUCAACUCAGAGGCGUAAUGGGGGUGAAGCUGGAGGUGUUCCGGAUGAUGCUGUAUUUGUCUUUUCCUGUUGCUAUGUUCUGGAUUUCAAAUCAGGCAGAGUAUUUUGAAGAAUAUGUAAUCAAGCGGAAGAGAGAGAUCUAUCCACCUGAAGAUAGUUACCAGAGAAAAGAGCUAGAAGAUUUCAAAGAGCGAAUGAGGAAGAAGCGGGAGGAACGGCUGCUGCAGGCAACUGCGGAGUAAUAACGUCUCCCCGUGAUUUGAUGCACUCUCAAGAAAGUUGCUGUCACCAAUGUCUUUUCAGUUUUAACUUAAUAAAUGCCUCUCCAAAAGACUUUUUGGACUAUGGGAUGAAAGGAAUUGCAACAGUUCCACUUUGUAUUCCCAUAUAAUGGUUCUGUGCAUGCCCAUUUGGCCCACAAAGCCCUUCUAGAAAAAAGGGGAGUGGGUUUAGGGUACUUCUAUCAUGUUCUGCCUCUUGCUUCGUGCAGCUGCUGAACUCUGCUCGCAAGUUUGGCAGCUGACUCAUGUGAGUUACUUUGAAUAAAAACCUCUAUAUGGAAAA